AUGUUGAGUGUGGGCGGUGGACGUUCGGCGGUCUGUCGCGCCGUCAUAGCCACCUCCAUCGUCUGGCUGCUCAUCGACGUCGUCAUACUCUUCUAUUACCUCGAUCCUUCAACGACGACAAUUCAGAAUGACAGCAGGUGGCUACUUUCUACAUCUCCCUUCUAAGUUCUCAGUUGUUUAGAAUCUUAACACGUGGGCAACGGAGGAUAGAACCAGAACCAGAACAUGGACCAGAAACGGAAGCGAAGCCGAGUAUUCCGGAAAAGCAAGUACAAAGAGUUGAGCCGGUCGAUAGGGAAACUGCGAACCAAUUGAGGAAACUCAUGGACGGUGGGUGAUCACUUUUAUUUACCCGGACAAUUUUAUCAUUUUCAGUCCAAUCAUUCGGACCCGGAUAUCACGGACAGGGUGGGACAGGAGUCACAGUACCGGAAGAGAAGAAAACGAUCAAAGACAAGAGAUUCCUGGAGAACCAGUUCAAUGUCGUCGCUUCGGAGAUGAUUUCUGUUAACAGAACUCUUCCGGACUAUCGUUCUGAUGCCUGUCGAACUUCCGGAAACAAUCUGCAGACCACUGGAAUGCCGAAGACCUCAAUCAUCAUCGUUUUCCAUAACGAAGCGUGGACGACUCUCCUCCGAACUCUCCAUUCGGUUAUUAACCGAUCGCCACGUCAUCUGCUCGAAGAAAUCAUUCUUGUAGACGACAAAUCGGACAGAGAUUAUCUGAGGAAGCCACUGGACUCGUACAUCAAAAUGUUCCCCGUAACCAAUCAAUUUAUCCUAUUUUUGCUAAUAAACAAUUGCUUCAGAUUCCCAUUCACCUGGUUCAUCUGGAAGAGCGUUCCGGACUUAUCCGUGCUCGACUCACUGGCUCCGGAAUGGCCAAAGGGAAGAUUCUUCUGUUCCUGGACGCGCACGUGGAAGUGACCGACGGAUGGCUCGAACCUCUCGUCUCGAGAGUCGCAGAAGACCGCAAAAGAGUUGUCGCCCCAAUCAUCGACGUUAUUUCGGAUGAAACAUUUGAAUAUGUGACGGCUUCAGAGACUACGUGGGGAGGAUUCAACUGGCAUCUGAACUUCCGAUGGUACGCAGUUCCAAAGAGAGAACUGAACAGAAGAGGUUCUGAUCGAUCCAUGCCGAUUCAGUAAGCGAAUCAAAAUUGUUUAAAGUUUUGCAAAUCUCAUUUCAGAACUCCAACUAUCGCUGGAGGUCUGUUUGCGAUCGACAAACAGUUCUUUUACGAUAUCGGAAGUUACGACGAAGGAAUGCAAGUGUGGGGAGGAGAGAAUCUCGAGAUUUCUUUCCGAGUUAGUCACAUUCUGCUUUCAACCUAACUGAAAUCCGUCUGUUUGCAGGUGUGGAUGUGCGGUGGUUCCCUCGAGAUCCAUCCGUGCUCUCGUGUCGGACACGUCUUCCGAAAACAAACCCCGUACACUUUCCCUGGCGGAACUGCCAAGGUUAUCCAUCACAAUGCAGCACGUACUGCCGAAGUGUGGAUGGACGAAUACAAGGCGUUCUUCUACAAAAUGGUUCCCGCCGCUCGAAACGUCGACGCCGGAGAUGUCAGCGAACGACAGAAGCUGCGAGAGACACUGCAAUGCAAAUCAUUCAAGUGGUAUCUGGAAAACAUUUAUCCGGAAGCGCCACUUCCUGCCGAUUUCCGAUCUCUCGGAGGCAUUGUAAACAGAUUCACCGAAAAAUGCAUCGAUACGAACGGAAAGAAGGACGGACAGGCACCCGGAAUGCAGGCGUGUCACGGAGCGGGCGGAAAUCAGGUGAGUCUGGAAUACUACGAAAGGGCCGUCUCGCUUUCUAACAGCAUCUGACUGGCUAGUCGAACGAACAGGUACUAACAUUCUAAUCCAGACUGUCCGAUUUGCGGAUGGUCAUUUCUUGAUCAUACCUGACCAAAGCGACCGAUAUGAACGGAUGCCGUUUUUGGAAAACCAGCAGGUUCCGUGUGGACAUAUUCUUGAGUUCGGACCGUUUUUUUCGUGCAACUGGGAAUCUCUUUGCUAAUCCCUCCCUUGUUUCUGUUCUCUUUGGGUCUCACUCUUCUCUCUCCAAUGCUCGACAAGUUCCAGGCUUGGUCCCUCACUGGAAAGGGAGAAAUCCGGUCGGACGAUCUGUGUCUCUCCUCCGGACACGUCUAUCAGAUCGGCUCGGAAUUGAAGCUCGAGAGAUGCUCCGUGAGCAAAAUCAACACCAAACACAUCUUUGUGUUUGACGAACAAGUACGAUUUGCUCUUUCAACAGCCAAUUCUAUAACUUUUUUGUAGGCUGGUACUCUUCUGCACAGAAAGACGGGAAAGUGCGUGACAGGAGCAGAUCAUCGGGUGACUUUGGAUGAGUGCGCAGUCGGACGGAAAGAUCAGAUAUGGCAGCUGGAAGGAUACCAGGAGAAGAGCUCCUAA